AUGCAUUGCUCGGAGCGUUUCCACCUGGAGCGGGGAUGGGCGGAUUCUCUGCACGUCGGCACAACUUAGCCGACUAUCUCAAUGACUCCAGCCGUCCUCGAGACAAUCUGCGAGUUACCCUCACUCCGGCUUGCUGAGAAGCCAGGGUACUGGAUAGCAGGCCAACAGUCAAGCUAAUGGUUUCGACGCCCCCAUCCCCUCCGUUCUGCCUUCGUUGGGGCAUUCUCGCCACCGGAACGAUUGCCGAGACCUUUGCCAAAGACCUGCUCUCCGAUCCAACCACCCGCGGUGUCGCCGAUGUGUCGCAUGUACUGCUGGCGGUGGCAUCUGCGCGAUCGCCGGCGAUCGCCCAACAGUUCCUCGACCGCGUCGGGGCGUCGACGGCCCUUGCGUAUGGUAGCUACGACGCUCUGGUGGCGGACCCCCGCGUAGACGCCGUCUAUAUCGCCUCGCCGCAUUCCCAUCACUACCAGAAUGCCAUGCUCGCCCUGCGCGCGGGAAAGCAUGUUCUCUGUGAGAAGGCCUUUACGGUCACGGCUGGUCAGGCGCGCAAGCUCGUCGAAACGGCUCGUGAACGGGGAUGUUUCCUCAUGGAGGGCAUGUGGACGCGGUUCCUGCCCAUUGCCAUUCAGAUUCGCCAGCAGAUCCAAGAGGGCGCCAUCGGGCCGGUGCUUCGUGUGUUUGCGGAUAACUCGAUCGGAACCGACGCUCUGCAGGAGUUGAAGGACAGCUAUUUAACCAAGAAGGAGUUGGCCGGGGGUGCGUUGCUGGAUUUGGGCGUAUAUCCCAUCCAUUGGGUCUUACAGGCUCUUCAUUGUCUGCUGAAUCGAAAGCCUAGCACCAUCUUAUCAACGAUGACACCCCUUGACUCCGCCGGCGUGGACGAAUCGACCACCAUCCUCAUGACCUUCCCGGCGGAUCCGCCAUAUCCAUCCUCGGUGCAGGCGGUGGCCAGUGCCAGUCUCCGGGCCAUGGGAGAUCCAGAUGGCCAGACCCCGGUGGUGCGGAUCCAGGGCGAUCGGGGGGAGAUCCAAGUCUACGGGCGUCCCUGGUGUCCGUCGAAAUACCGCAUCGUCAAACGGGAGCAGCGAUUCGGGAUGGUCGGAGAAGCGGAGGAGUUCGCGUUUCCCAUUCCCGGGGGCGCCCAUGGGCUGUGCUUUGAGGCAGAUGAGGUCGCUCGAUGUGUCCGCGAUGGGAAGCUAGAAAGCGCGGGCCUGCCGUGGACGGAGACUUUGGCAGUCAUGGAAAUUCUAGAUGAAAUUCGUCGGGCUCACGGAUUAUCAUUCCCGGACGUAAUUGAGACCGAGGCGUACCCGGUGAACAUGGCGACAAAGCAAGCCUAAUACUAUGUGAUGUCGAUCCUGUGUGCAGAUUUAUGAGUAU